UUUGUUUCGUCUACACCUUGGAUUUUAGAGGAUUUUGCAAGAGUUCUUGGACUGUCACUGCGACUUCCCGUGCGCGUCUUCCGCUAGCUUCGUGACUUUGCGAUUCCGUGUGUCGUCCCGAUAUCAUACAUCGUUGAAAAUGGCAGCCCCUACACAGUUGGCUUACCGUACGGUUAAGGGUGUGGGCGUCCUGGAUGCGGCCCCAGUCUAUGCGCCUUUGUCUGGAUUCGAGAAGCCUGAGGGAAACCUUCGUUGCAGCGCUUAUUCUCCUUGCGGUCGCUAUUUCGCCUGGGCCUCCCCCGAGAAGGUGACAAUCAUUGAUCCAUCCGUUGGACAUGUCGUUUCCACUAUUGCUGCGGAGAAUGUGUUCGAGCUGGGAUUCUCGCCGCUUGGAACCUAUCUGAUCACGUGGCAGCGUCCGACCAAGGAUGCCAAUGGCGAUGCUACCAAGAACCUGAAGGUCUGGCAGGUCGUGUCCAGCGGAGAUGAGAACGUAGUCGUGGGCAGCUUCGUCCAGAAGUCUCAGACGGGCUGGAAUCUUCAGUACACCUCCGAUGAGCGUCACUGCGCGCGCGUCGUGACCAACGAAGUCCAGUUCUACCAGAGCGAGAACCUCUCCCAGGUCUGGACCAAGCUGCGAGUGGAGGGAGUGGCUGAUUUCGCCAUUUCGCCCGGCAAGAACACUUCCAUUGCCGUCUUCAUCCCGGAGCGCAAGGGACAACCUGCCGCCGUCAAGGUGUUCAUGGUGCCUCAGUUUGGAGCACCUGUCUCGCAGAAGACUUUCUUCAAGGGUGACAAGGUGCAGCUGAAGUGGAACGACCAGGGUACGACCUUGAUUGUGCUAGCUCAGACUGACGUCGAUCGCUCGGGCAAGAGCUACUACGGCGAGACCACUCUCUACUUGCUUAGUGCCGGAGGUGGCUUCGACUCUCGUGUGGACCUGGACAAGGAAGGCCCUAUUCACGACGUGACUUGGAACCCCAACUCGAAGGAGUUCGGUGUGGUCUACGGAUACAUGCCAGCCAAGACCACCAUCUUCAAUUUCCGCGGUGUCCCCAAGCACAGCUUCCCGCUUGGCCCUCGCAACACGAUCCAGUUCUCUCCUCACGGUCGCUUCGUCCUCGUGGCUGGUUUUGGUAAUCUUGCCGGUCAGAUGGAUCUGUACGACAUGGAUAAGAACUACCACAAGAUCGCGACUGUAGAGGCGUCCAACUCCAGUGUCUGCAAUUGGUCCCCCGACGGCCAGUUCAUUCUGACCGCUACGACUAGCCCCCGUCUGCGCGUCGACAACGGACUCCGUAUCUGGCACGUGAGCGGCGCGUUGAUGUACAAUGAGGACAUGACCGAGCUUUACGACGUGUUCUGGCGCCCCCAGUCCCUGGAGCAGCACCCGCUGGGCGAUCCGUUCAAUCCUCUGCCGACCCCUCACCCGUCCGCCGUGGCUUACCUCAGCACCAAGAAGGCUCCUGUCAAGCCCGCGGGUGCGUACCGUCCCCCCGGCGCCCGUGGCCAGCUCACUCCUCUGGCUUUCAAGCGUGAAGACCAGGGCGGUGCCGCGUACAUCCGGGAUGGCGCGCCCACUGGUGGUGCGGUGAACGGCUUCGGUCGCACUCGCAGACGUGAGGUGCCCGGUGCUGAGCCGGCUGAGGAAUUCCUGCCUCCGGGAGCCGCUCCUGGAGGAGGCGUGGCCCUCCCCCCGGGCGUCGAGCAGCCGGAGAAGCUGUCCAAGACUGCUGCCCGCAACAAGAAGAAGCGUGAGGCCAAGAAGCUGAAGGACGAACAGGGUGAGGGUGAGCAGGCGGCCGGCCAAUCCACCCGCAGCCCCGACCGCCGUGGCGACAAGGCUCAUGAGCGCAACCGGUCCAAGGGCCAGAACAACGAGCGCAAAAACAAUCACCAGGCCAACGGAGCGUCCGCCAAGGCGAAUGCUCAAGCCAAGGCCAACGACAAUGCUGCGGAGGCGGAUGAUGCCAACGGAGCUCCUACUGCGCAGGAUAAGAAGAUCCGUGGACUUCUGAAGAAGAUCCGGGCGAUCGACGAGCUGAAAAUGCGCCUUGCCGGUGGAGAGAAGCUGGAGGAUACGCAGAUGAAGAAGAUCCAGACCGAGGAGGCCGUGCGCAAGGAACUGGAGUCGUUGGGCUACAGUGGUUGA